AUGCAACGACCUCACGAAGAGGGUACAACUCCUCCUCCACCUUACACUUUGGUGGAUCACUUAAACACUUCUACGAGUAGUUCGACAGCAGCACCCAAUAACGCAUCUACGACGCUUAAUAGCACCAAUAACCAGAACCGACCAGGUGGAGACAAUACUCUAAAUACCACACCACAGUAUCAUUCUCAAAAUCCAUAUCCGGCAACAGCAAUUUCAACAGAUCCUGAUUAUCGUCUCGCUCAAAAGCUUCAGGAUGAAGAAUUUGCGUUAUGGGUAGAUCAAAAUCCGGAUGAGCCUUUUCUUUCUCGUGGAAUACUUGCUGGUGAAUCAUCAACAUCUAUUCUUCCUACCUCACAUCACCAAAGAGCUCUGCCUCCAAUACCAGAACAUUACACGUGUAAUUAUCAUCAUUCACAUCAAAAUUCUGGUGGUGCUGGUGCACAUCAUUCCUCAUAUUAUGGAAGUUUAAGUCAAGGCACUACUGGAAAUUACUAUUCUUCAGCACAAUCUCAUCCAUUCUAUAACGCACCUUAUUAUAAUGAUCAGCAGCAGCAGCAACAACAACAUUUAGCAUAUCGUCAUGAAGAAGAAGAGGAUAAUUCACCGGGAUGUUUGACUGGAUUGUAUGAACGUUCUGUUCCUUUUAUUUUAGUAUUUCUGGUGAUUUGGUUUGUGUCCCUCUGUUCCGGUCAACUGCCCGAAUGA